GGCAUGGCGGAGGCCGCGGCGCUGCGGGCCGUCAGGGGCUGCCUCGCCGCCUUCCCAAGGGAGGCCCGCGAGCUGGGGUGGACAGAGUCCAUACCCUACCUUGAUGGGCCUCCGACCCCGCUGGAGUUUUAUCGGGAAUGGGUAAGUCCGAAUAAGCCUUGUAUAAUUCAGAAUGCCAUCAGCCACUGGCCGGCUCUGCAGAAAUGGACCUCAGCGUACCUCAGGGAGGUAGUAGGUCCCAAGGUAGUGAGUGUGGCAGUAACACCAAAUGGUUAUGCAGAUGCCGUGUUUCAGGACCGCUUUGUCAUGCCAGAGGAGCGCCAAAUGCCUUUUGCAGACUUUUUGGACAUUGUGGAGAAGAAAGUGACCUCUCCCAACGUAUUCUAUGUGCAGAAGCAGUGUUCAAACCUCACCGAGGAGUUCCAUGAACUGGUCUGUGAUGUGCAGCCUGACAUACCAUGGAUGAGUGAGGCACUUGGGAAGAAGCCCGAUGCUGUGAAUUUCUGGCUUGGGGAAUCAGCUGCUGUGACCUCUUUACAUAAAGAUCAUUAUGAGAACUUGUACUGUGUGAUAUCUGGAGAGAAAUACUUUCUACUGCAUCCACCGAGUGACCGUCCCUUCAUCCCAUAUGAGCUCUAUCAGCCAGCAACCUACCAGGUAUCAGAAGAUGGCUCAUUUGAAAUUGUGGAUGAGAAGAGUGCAGAUAAGGUGCCUUGGAUCCCCCUGGACCCCUUGAACCCAAAUCUGAAACAAUAUCCAGAAUAUGCUCAGGCAAAACCUUUGCAGUGUACAGUGAGAGCUGGUGAGAUGUUAUACCUGCCUUCUCUCUGGUUCCAUCAUGUUCGGCAAUCACAUGGCUGUAUAGCAGUGAAUUACUGGUAUGACAUGGAAUAUGACCUUAAGUACAGCUACUAUCAGCUACUAGACUGUCUCACAAAAACUGUGAAAGGGCUAUAGCAGAGGUGGGAAACUUGCACUUGUGAUCUCUGCUGUGAUACAACCAUCAGCAUCUGUGACUGGAGUACAAAUGUGAUUAAGGGGAAAAGAACUAACAUUAAAUUGUCUUUGACAAUGUCUGUCAGACAGAUGGCUGUUUUGCUUGAUUUCAGAGACCAGAUCAACUGGCCAGAUUUUUUUUGGCUUUAAGGUUUGAUAAUAGCAUUUUGAGGUCUUUGCGUGUUGCCUCAGUGGUGGUGAGCAAAAUAAAAUUGGAAAGGAGGCAAGACAGGGUUUGGAAGUCCCAACACGGAAGCCAUGACUAUGCAGCUCUACGGGUUAUUUUGAUAACAACACAAGUGGACAAAGAAGAAUCAGCUCUAUCACCAUCAGGCUGCAUCAGUCCAACACAUGCGUUCUGCUUAAGGCAAAAGUCCUGUCCAGCUGUAAUUCACUAAGUUCGGUGGCUGUGAUGUUUUCAUAGUGAGAAAUUACAACUCCCGCAAUAAAAGGUCAGCCUAAAAUCUUAUUUCUGUGCUAAUUUCUUAUUUUCUUUUUCCUAAUGAUGUGGUGGCUGGAGGACACCUAGGAGGACAUGUGUAAGUAAAUGCUGGCUAUUUUCUGUCCUAGGCUACAUGUUUUUAUUGCUGGUUUUAGUUUCUUUCCACUGUUACAUUUAAAUGUAACCACAUUCUCUUACAUCAAGAGAAGUCAAGCAGCAUCCUGAGUGGUGAUUUUAGAGUUGUUUGCCAGGUCUACAGUCAAUAUGCACAUCACCUGUGGUCUCCUGGCAUGAUUUGGUUCUGCAGCUUGUAGGCUCAUUGUUUAUUCUUUUGCUAUUAAUUGCUGCCUAAUGCUUGAUGAGGCAAGUUGUGUGAAUCAGGAGCCUAUUUCUGCAGCCUUAAGUCCCAUUUGUAUUUCCACAUAAUGGGAUGAAACUGGUCAUGUGUCUGAGACCUGCAGGGUAGGACUAAGAGGCUGUUAAAUACAUGAACACUACAAAAAUGCAGUAUUGUUGUUUAUGAAACCCAAAAGAUGGUAUUUGACAUCAGAU